GGGAAGGGGACCGCCGACGGGACUCCGCAGCAGAAAGGAGAUGGAAAGCACAUGUACAAAAAGAAGAAAAGCUGAUGGUACAGAAGCUGUACAAUUGGAGUCAUACCUUGGGAUAAAAUACCAACCGCACAGCCUGAUGGUGUGUGUGUACCUGCAGAAGUGGUACGUAUGUACAUAAGUACUCCGUACAGACGUCUUCCUUGGUUGGGCCCUUUCUUUUUACUUCAUUUUCCCCACUGUUUCAACUUUUAUGAUUUCAGGAAGGGGGAGAUAUCUUGAGGUUGAUAAACGAGAUGACGAACUAUCUCUUGAUCUAUUUUACCUCGACGUCAAAGGCCCAGAAGAUGGUGAGGGAGACUGCCUGCAUACAGAAGCAUCUUCAUGGACGAUAAGGUUCAUGCAUGAAAGGGCGAAUCAUCCGAGAGAAGGGGGGGGGGUGGGAAGGACCCCGAAACGGAGUUUAUAUUACCCUAUCGGCAACUGGUCUAGAAUGUCCAUUGGGCUGUUCGAACAACCGGAAGGAGGGAAAAGAGAGCAACCUGAAAGAGAGGGUCGGAAAGUUUUCUGCGGAACCAGAAAGGAGGGAAAGAGCAAUGAGCCCAGGCAUGAAUGAUACAGAGCAAGAAGCAAAAGCAACGAAAGGGAAAGAUUGCUUGACUAUCGAUCGAAGUAUUAAACUAUGAUGCUAUCAUAUGACGCUUAAUGGUUCCGCGAUAGUUUAUCCUGACCAUGGUUGAAGGAGGGCGAAGGAAAAGAAAGUAUGUUCCCCAGGAGGCAUCGAAGGGACGGGCCUUUUCGUUCGCUCUCCCCCGUUUCAGGAGACAGCUCCAUCGUCCAUUGGUGAUGGUGGUUACAUUAUUCCGUCGGUCCCAAGUGGUUUGUUGUUUGAGGCGGAGGGGGGUACCUUGGCCAUGGAGAGAGUCUCGUGGGCAUGGUAGAUGGGUACGGGAUAGGUGGGAAGGCAGUUGAUCAGUGAUCAGGAUGGUCCUUAAUGUCCGAGGGAGAGGAAGUAGAGGAAGAAGGGGGGGGAG